CCUUUUUAUAAACUUAUCAAGAUUCAAUUAGAGUAACUUUUACAGCAUUAACAACACUUGUAAAUAUCUACAGUUUGUGGUUUUAGUGUCUUACCCACUAAACAACUGUACACAUAUCAUAUGAAUGUAAGAACACCACACUCAAGGUUUUCGUUUAACUCUUAUAUACAAAGGAUUAUAUAAAGAAAUGAAAUGCUAAAAGUUGAUGUUAAAGUUUCUUUGGUCAUAUUUCUGUAAUUGUUAGUAAAAGAACUCAGAAUGAUUGUUCAAACAAAGAAUAUUUUUUCAAUUUAGCGAACAUGAAAGUUGACACAUUUAUGGCACCACGCUGUACAUCAGUCCUAUAUUGUCUGUUCUUUGAAUGGGUUUUCUUUCCCCAGCAAAACCUAUUUUAUCCCAAGUAUUUUUUCUUCGGUUUGGAAUGGUGGGGUUUUUUUUUAUCCAGUAAAACUGAUUUUAUCCCAUGUAUCAUUUUUUUAGUUGCGUUUUCAUCCUUGUAGCAUCUUCACUAGAUAAGGGUUUUCGGUCCACUCCGUUCCCCAUAAAACCCUUGGCUAGUGAAGAUGCCUUUGUACAGCCCAAAAUGUGAGUGUAAGGAACGAUAACUCUGGGUAGCUAGCUACCGUGAAUAAUUACAUCGGGCUCAAAAUUACAAAUUGAUUUCAAAAAAUUCAACUUUUGUUUUGAUUUCGUGCUAAAGCAUGAUUUACGACGUUAUGGCCACUGUCACUUCAAACAUCCAUUGUGAUUUGACGGUAUGUUCUAUUUGUUUGGAACAUUACAAAUCACCAAGGUAUUUACCGUGCACACACACUUUCUGUCAUCCGUGUCUACUGUCACACAUCAAGUCGUCGUGUGCGGACUGCAGUCUACCGCUCGGAUUUCCAUGCCCGCUGUGUAGAACAUUCGUCUCCGCGCCUGGUAAUGUUGGCCAGUUCACUCCAGAAGAAUGGGCAGACAGAUUUCCAGAAAACCAAUUCAUGAGUUCCGUUGCAAAUCAAUGCGAGCCUUGUGACAUUGGUGGAGACAACAAACCUGCUAGUGGUUGGUGCAGAGACUGCUCGGAGGCUUUGUGCGAGGAGUGUCUUCAGUGGCACAAAAAAUUCAAACGUUCCAGAAAUCAUGAAAUAGUUCCUCUCACUGAAGGGGCUAUUCCUUCUACUUCUACCCCAUCACUGGACAUGUGCGAGGAUCACGAGGGGCGAAAAAUUGAAAUGUUUUGUGAAAGUCAUCUCGCACCAUGUUGUGUCCUCUGUGUUACAACAGAACAUGGUAGAUGUAAAAGCAUUUGUUCGAUAGAGGAAGCGACCGAUAAAGUAAUAAAACCUGGGAAAGUAAAACGCUUGCGAGAUGAUGUCGAUCGACUUGAAGUCAUGUUAGAAAAGGUUAUUACUGCAGAGAAAGCCAACAUCCAAGAAAUUGAAGAUGUAGCUAACAAGUUAGGAGAAGAAAUUUCGAGAGCAAAAGCAGCCAUUAUUGAAACUGUAACAAAGCUGGAGGAACAACAUUUAAACGAAGUAGGAAAAGCAACCAAAGAUGCUAAAGCAAAACUUCAAAAAUCAAUCAACACUUUCGAACAGAGGGAAUGUUAUCUUCGCCAUUGGAAAGAAAUACUCGGGAAAAAUUUAUUCACUGAUGGGUCACCAAAAACAAUUGUCGCAUUGUCUUAUACCAAAAUGGAACGAAUAUUUCAAACUUUGAGAGAAAUGGAAAUGUCUCAGCUCAGAUUUGGAAUUCAAGCCAAGAUACAAGAUGACGUUAAGAAAUUGAUGAAGUUACCUUUGCUUGCAGAAAUUACCACAAAUGAACACAAAAGCCCUGUAAUGCUAGAUGAAAUUGAUAUAGAAAAUGCUGAAAUCAACGCGAUUUCUGAAUUUACGAUUGAUGGUGCUAAUUUUACAGGAGGGGUUUAUCUCCAGAAUGGGGAAUUAGUACUGGCUGAUCAUAAAAACAAGAGACUCGUUCACUGUAGAACAGAUGGGGAGAUUCUGAGAAAGAUACCUCUGAAAGGUUCUCCAUGGGAUAUUUGUGUCAACGAAGAAAAUGAUAUGUAUGUAACACUUCCUAAAAAAAAGAAAGUUUUAGUUAUUAGUAUUGAUACAUUCAACACAACAAAAACUGUUGAAGUUGAUAUUGAGUGCCGUGGAAUAGCACAGUCAGGCAACACUAUUGCAUUAGGUUGUAUAAAUGUUCUAGAAGUAUUAAGUGCGGAUUUUCGAAAAUGUAGUUCAAGCGAUGUAACAGGAUUGUACGAUGUAGCAGUAGAUAUGGAGGAAAAUAUCAUUUAUUCGAGUUACACCAAACAUAAAGUCUGGAAACAGGACAGAGAAGGAAAUGUCUUGUUCACAUACAGAGAUACAGAAUUACAAUAUCCAUAUGGAUUAACAGUGGACAGGGUUGGAAAUAUAUAUGUGAAUGGUAAAAGCAGCAACAAUAUACACAUACUCUCACAGACUGGUAAAAAGUUAAGAAUUCUGAAUGACGUGAGGGAGCCACAGUGUAUUAAAUUCCAGGAGAACACGCACAGAUUCUUUGUUGGUGAGGCAGGGGAACGGGUGAAAAUAUUUGAAUUUGUUGUAUGAGGUUAUUACCUGAUUGCUGAAUUGAAAGUUGAAGGUCUCCUUCUGAAUUUUUGUCUGAAGUCAAAAGACACAAUAACAUGCACCUUUCUUCUUUCAAUUGAUCAUACUGUAUGUACUCAUUAUAGCCUCCUAAAUGAUCCUAUAUAUGGAGUAUAAAACGGAAAUGAAAUUAUACACAAAA